AUGCCGGCCUCCUGUCCCAUCCAUCCAUUCCAUCCAUCGCGCCGCCACCCCCCUUGUCCUCUCCACAUCGGGAUCCCCUCCCGAUCCAUCCAACCACCUACCUCCUCGUCUUGCACAACCAGCCAGCUGCGCCACGCCGAAUCGCCCAAGCCCUCUGCUUGUGCCGAGACCACCAGCAGCCGUGCGCCUCCUCCCUCAUCCCAGCGGAGCCCCGUCCUCCCCGCGCCUGUCCCGUGCGCCCGGCUCGACGCCGGCAAGCAGCAGCAGCAACCAGGUCAUGCCGUCGCUCCCCAUGUCUUCUCUCUUUUCCCCGCUACUCCUCUUGAACCUUCCCCGCCGUGGCCGCCUGUCUGCAGGUCGCCGACGCACGCGACGGGAUCAAGCCGCAGGGGCUCCUGCACCAGCCCUGCGUCCCCUUUUCCCCGCGUCGUUCCCGGAUGGCCACCUCGCCAGCAUCCCAGGCCCCGAGCUCCGCCGCACCAUGCCCGCCUCGCCUCUGCCUCCUGUUUCUCUGCAUCGAAGCAGUGUAGAGGAGGACAAGCACCUCGACCCCGCCUCUCCUGCCCGUUGACCGCGCGCCGGAGCCCCGCAGGGACGAACAAGGACCCCGCCGCCCCAUGGAACCUUCCCUGCCUGGAGCUUCUUCAUCUGCAUCCGGCCCCCUCCGUCCAGAUCCGCCGUCUCCGCCUCCCUGCCAUCGUCUCCGGUGAGCAGCCGUGCCGCCGCGGCUCUGCUCCCUGUCAUGCAGAGGACGCCCGCUCGUCCCUGCCGCGUUGACCGUAGCCACCGCCCCUGGCCCAGCUUCAGCGGCCGCGUGGGCCACUAGCAAGCAGGCCCAGCGCCCCCCUUCCAGCCUCCCUCUCCAAGCCGACCGGCCUCAAGGCCCAAUGUGAGCAGCCCAGUCCCAGCAGAUCUGGCCCGUGUCAUGUUAUUUCAGUUAUGCUAAUUUAGCUUUAUCCAGUGAUUUACCUGUUUUACAGAAAAGUCCCUAGUCUUCAUGCAUAUAAUAAAUAAUCAACCGUGCAUCGGAUUAAAAUAAUUUAAAUAUGUAAUAUGCUUAGAAUUUCAUCUUGUUUCAUAAUAUGCGGUUGUCAUCCAUGUUUAACAUGUUUAAAAUCAUGUUUGCA